CGACGUGUAAUACUGUACAAGACGUCGCCGAGAUGUUGUAGGAGGGUUGAGGACGUCGCAACCAAAUACAAUGGUGUACCGACGGGAGUUAACCGAGGAUGCCAUAAUUACGACAUUAACACCACCAACGACAACAUCAACUACAACUAUAUCGUCAACAACCGUACCAACUACAACAACCACUCCAUCACAAUCAACAACGCUGCCAACAACAUCCGCAGCAGCAGCAGCAACAACAACAACGGAAAUGUUAACAGCGACAGCCGCGCCAACAACAACCGAAAUGUCAACAACGACAGCACAAGUCAUCACCAUGCCAACGUCUACUACUAGCUAUUCAAAUAACACUGCAUUAGUGUGUAACGGCAAUGAUACAGCUGUUUGUCACUGCUAUACUGCCUUCACAACAGACGAACUAAUCACGAAGCUAUACGAGUUGAGAAAGCAUCUCCUGGUGGAUAGAAAAACAACAUCAGCUGCCAUACGUUUACGGACAAGUGCUUCGGAUGACCGUAGAAGUGCUAUUGCCAUUGGAGGGUUCGGAGUAGGGAUACUGGUCUUACUGACCCUGGGUAUCGUAUCACCCGACAUCAUCGACCUCGUCUCAUAUAUGCACAUAUCAUCUCAAGCAAAAACUGUGUAAUAUGCUGUAAAUUGAGGAGUUACUAUUUCCAGAGUAGCAAUAUUCCCAUUAACAAUACAUUGUAACACAUUGUAUGGAUGAUGACAAUGAUAAUGAUGAUGAUGGCUAUGAGGAACGGAUAGUUUGAACGUUUAUGAUCAGGAUGCUGAUGAGAUAAUGAUGAUGAUGAUUGUGAGGAUGAUGAUGAUAGUGGUGAUGAUAAUGACAACAACAAU